GCGCGCAUGUGCGCGCGCACACGCACGAGGUGCGCCGUGUGCGGAGCGCAUGGGGACGCGCUACCAGUGCAAGUUUUUACUAUGUGGGUGCAUGGAUCGUGUUCUUGCAUCUGCUUGUGGGCGGCAAGAAGCGUGUCGGUGUGGAAGAAGUUUGCUUCCGAUACAGCAACUGCCGUGUCCUACAAUUCUCUCUGCUGUCUUCUUCUGCAGCUAUCGACGAUGCUGUUGGAGGAUGCAUUUAGUGCAGACUGGGUGCGAAUCAGGUACGAGGGAUGGAAAUUGGACUGCAUGCAAGCUGACACAGCUGUAACAGUCGAGAGGCUGACAAAGGAGCUGGCGAAAGCGUUGAAAUGGGAGAAUAUUCAUGGGGGGCAAGUGGAAACCCGUCCGGGUCAUGGCAUGGAACAAACAUGGGACAAUUCAAAAGGUGGAUUCUGGAUGUUGGAUCGUCAAAGAAGGGGUGGUAGAGGUGUGGUGGAGAUGAUGUCGCCCUGUUUGAUGGAACCUUCUGCACCUUUGCAAGCUCCAAUGAAUGGGUUUGUUGAGGGGAGAGGGGCGUCAAUAAUUGGUAAGAGGGGGGACCAUCACGGCUUUAUGGACGAAGCCGCUGUGGAUGGUUACCACCUGGAUCCCAUGAUGGGGGAUGUCCCACGGAGGAUAGAUGACAAUGGAACUGAAAACUUCCGAGCACCGAUGGGCCAAAUGGGGGUUGAAAACCGAUCACGAAGAGUGUCAGCAUCAAGUUUUGGUCGAGAGGAGGGUUUUAGCUAUACCCUGGGUGGGGGUGGGGGUGGGGCCACAUUUGACGCGGGGGGAAGAGUGUUUGGCAAUGGUGGAGCAAAGGACAGGGGUGCCGAAGAUGGGACACACAGCAGCCUGUUUGAAAUGGAAUGUAGAAACGAAGGGGGCAACGAUUUACGCGGGGGAUUCGAAGGCAUGCAGGGUUCUCGGAGGGCGAAACUGGCAGUUCGACGUAGUUGCAUCCCCACAGCGCAGUCGCAGCCAUUGUGGUCAGACUGGACGAGUAACCAUGUCUUGCAGGGGCCUUGGCCGUCUAGCUAUGGCGCAGACUUUGUAUUUAAUGAGGAAGAUGGGAUGGUUCAUGGGUUGCAACCUCCGAAUGAUGUUGUUCAGGAGCAAAUUAGAAUGGGGGCCUUGGCUGCCGGCAUGUUGCCUCCAGCUAUCCAUCCCGCUGGAAGCGGCACGCCUGUCGCUGGGGUCGAUACUGGUUUUCCGCCUAUGGGUUUUGGGAUACCUAAUGGUGGCUAUGGUGGCGGGGAGCAGACGGUAAGUCUGGGCAUGGGAUGGAUCAUGGACCAGCAUGUAGAGACUUCCAGAAUGUCAGCCGUUCCAGGCGGUGAUGGAAUGGCGGCGAGCGGAGGUCGUGGGGAGGGUAUGAUGUUUGCUGAUAUGGGUGCGACCGCAACAAACAAUAGGAAGGAAACAAUAGAUCUUACGCAGGCUUUGUCAAAUGUCGACCUCAACGGAACCGAACCGGACCUUAUGGUUGCGGCCUCAAGGGGUGGAUGGCUUGAAGCAGGGCCGAUGGCAGAUGUGCCGGGCAGCUGUGAGCUUGGGAGGUUCAGUGCUGUGGGCCCUCUGGAGCAGGAACUAAGGCAAGGAAUUGGACUUAGCUGUAGAUGGAACAUAGGAAACGGUACAGAGAUUAGCGAAGGGGAUUUUAUCGGGGGCCCCAAUGCUUCUGCUUCUCUGCCAGUCCCAGUCCCUUCAGGCAGUGUUGCAAGUCAUGGUGCGGAUCAGGGUUUCGAUAUGGCGGUUGGUGGGCAUUUGGCGGCAUUUUCUGAGUCUUAUGGAGAGAGAAGAGGCUCGCAGAGGGAGCAAGGAGCUGAUAUCGCCCAGCGAGGGCUAGGCUUGGAGAUCCCUGAAAGCCGCUCCAGGAGGACAUCUGUGCUUCCCAUGUUGAAUAAUGUCUGCGAUGCUGAUGAGACUGGGGAUGAUGGGCUGCAGGUUGGCACCAUGGUUGGCAGUCCACUUCACACCGAGAUGUCGAAAAGGGCCUCGGUCUCCGCACAGAAUAAUAAUUGCGCAAGGGUGGGGGGCAGUGUGAUGGCUGUGGAAAGCUCUGAUGUUAUGGACAUGUCUGUUUGUCAGGGAGGGUCUGGCAGAGACAUGGAGGAGAUGCAUGGGGAAAGCAGAGAAAGCCGGAGUCCUGAGAAGAUGGCUUUCUUAGACUGUCUAUUGGCCAGUGACGGAACCGAGCAUGAGCGGUCUGUGACAGGCAAUGAGAAGGGGGACGGAGCGACUCUCUUGUCCCCUGGAUCAUCGGGCAAGCAUGGAAUGACACCGGCGGCGAAUGGUACAAAAGUGGCAAGCCAGAAGAAGCUGAGCGCUCCCAUUUGUGAAGGCAUCACAGCGAUGGGGAGGCGAUGUAGUCAUCGAUCAAAGCCUGGAGCACAAUUCUGUGAGAAGCACAAGCAAGGAAACAAAGCAAAAGAGGAAAGUGGACUUAUUUUGAUAGCGAAUGCUAUCGCCACCGUUGCAGAAACUGUUUCCUCUGGUGCAGUUGGGUUGGACAACCGAGGAAGAACAUCCGUCGGGUUCGACUCCGAGGAAAGGACUAAAGUGCCGAUUGGACUGGACUUAGAUGAAAGGGCCCGAGCUAAUGGAAGUGUAGACCCAGCUGCCAGAGCGCUUAUUAUGGCCUCAACUGGAGCACCGAACCUGGAAGAAGAAGCGGAUGCAGAAAGUGGCGGCGAACACCUUAUGUCAGGUGCAAUAGUUGUCUAUGAAGGGGAGCCUGAUGAUCUCUCUGCACCGGCUCCAGGGGCUUUGCUCUCGCAGCCCGUCUGUCUUUCUGAAGAAGGGGCAGGAGCGGGUGCUGGUGAUGACCAAGAACUAGAAGAUGCUGUUGCGGGGUUAGAGCGGCUUGAGGGUAUGGCUGCUGCUGCAGCUCAGUCGGGAGGUGGCGAGGGUGGUAGUAAUGCUGCUUUGGAACCAAAGCAGGCAGACUGGUGCCAGGGUAUGACUUUAUUGGGUAGGCCAUGCAAACACCGGGCAAAACCAGGGCAACGGUUCUGUGAAAAGCACAAAGGAUCGUCAGAAGAGAAGGCAACAAAUGAAAGGCUUGAGACUGAUAAUAUCAUGGAGAUUGUCCCAAGUGAUAUUUCCGGCAGCAAUGAAGUUGCAUUACGUGCACUCCCAGCAGACGAUGACAAUAGAGCAGCCGGAGGGGACGGAGCAGCCGGAAAACUCGGUCAGCCGCUGGCAAUUGAGGAUGGGUCGAAAGGCGAAGAUGCAAAUGCGAGCGAAGAUAGAUGGGCAUUGGCCAUUGUACCGUUUGAGAUGGAUCACACAGAAAAGCAAAAGCCUGUAUCCCCUGAGACGGAGCAAAGGAAGAAACAUAAUAAACCUCCAGAAGAGCCCGGGAGAAGUGGGCGAGUAGAAGGCGAGCCCCCACGAAAGGUCGAGGUCUGUCGAGGGAUCACCAUGGCUGGAGUGGGAUGCAAGCAGAGGGUGCGGCAGGGGACCACCUAUUGUGAUUGGCAUGUUGGGCAGGCAGGCAUUGAAGAGGAAGGUGGAUCUCCUAAAGUGAUGGUAGUGUCGAGAAGGCAGGAGAAUGAAAAGGGUGGUAGGGGGAUGAUGGUGGAAAAGCUCUGCGAAGGGACAACCUUAUUAGGUAAACAGUGCACUCAUAGGGCCAAGCCACUAUCAAGAUUCUGCGAGAAGCACAAUCCUCCUUCACAAAAGAAUGACGCUGAAGAGGCUGGCGAACAGGAGAACAAUUGCACCUCUGCAGCAGAGGAUGAUGUGCUGGACACAACGAAGACUGGGUGCGCCUUGAUUCAGGCUGCAGAAUGUGCGAGCAGAGAGGUUGUUGCCGUAGAGCAGGCGGGCAAUUGGAAAGAUAUGGACCCCCAAUUCUGCAUUGGAAUUACACUGUUUGGAUCUCAGUGCAGUCAUAGACCAAGGCCAGGCACCUCCUUUUGUGUUAAGCACAAUCCCGAGUCCUCGAAGCGAUCCUCGGGGGCGGAGAGGGCGCUGGUAUGUUUGCCUCUUGACGAUGGUCCAGAGCUGGGUUCACCGAGUGAAAGGGAAGUGAGAGAGCAAUUGGAUGCGGAGGGCGCUAAAGGAGGCACGGAGGGAGUGCAAGAGCAAGCGAGGGAGGAGGAGGAAAGAGAAGUGGUCAGGGUGGAAGUCGCAGAGGAGGAUGCGGUGGCAGGGCGAACUAACAACGGGAUUGGAGGAGCUGCUGACAAGGAUGAAGAAGGAAAUCAGGGCAAGGGUAAUGGCAUCUGCGUAGACACACCUGGUACUCUUCGUAGGCAACGGAAGCGUAAGGCGACUGACGACAUCGAUGGGUGUGAAGACGACAGUGGUGGCACUGAGGUCUUUGUUAGUCGCCAGAAUGAUGGAGAUGGGGGGUGCAGUAAGGGAACGGAGGAGAAAAAACGGCCAGAGAACAAACCGACAGUCUGUGUGGGAAUAACGAAGGAAAACCGCCGGUGCACUCAUCAUGCUAUGCGCAAGAAACUCUAUUGCAGAAAGCACUUGAAGAAAGUCAAGAGGACGAGGGCCAAUUCCAUGGUGGUCAUACAACAACCUGCGACAGCAGAAGAAACAGCUGCAACAUUAAUGGAGAUGACCAGAGGGAGGGAGUCAGCAGCCGGCAACCAAAUUGCCGAUAAGGGCGUGGUUGUGAUAAAUGGAAAUCCCUCUGAACCUGAGGAAGAUGUGCCUUCUAAGAAGCGGAAAGCAAGCGAGGUGGGAAAUGUAGAUGCCACACUUGAGGCAGGGCAACGAGAGAUCAAGGCGAAGGCUUUGGAGAUUUUUGCUGGAUUCAUCAAGGCUGUGAAAGAGGGACCGAAGGACGGACCUGCUUUUUUCCCUGGUCCAUUUGGGGAGGGGCAUAGGAUGGUGUUUGAAUCCAACUUGUUGGACAAGACGUUUACAAUGGCAGAGAAGAGGCUUGAGGUUUGUGAGGAGCUCUUGGUGUUGGUCGCUGAGGAACAAACGAAGAUGCUGAAAGGAUUUGAGAGAAGUUAUGGUAAGGACUGGGUGCAAUUGCUUCUGAGACGAACUGGCGAGGCCGGCUAUGAGUGGCGGGGGGGCGACUCUCUUGCCGAAGUCAAUGGAGAUACAGUGUCAGAUAAGGAGGAAGGGCAACAGGAAAGAGGGACAGGCCUUGGAGAGGUUCUCUCAUGCGAGAAAUUGGGCCGUUCCUCCAAAGACGGGGCAAAGAUGGGUGAUGAAGCUCAGGUACUGGAGAAUGGUGCGCAGCGGGAGGAUGCUAGCCUGCAAAAGCUUGUGGCGGAUGGUGGCCAAGAGGCUCGACGCCAAGAGCUUGCUGCUUUGGGUGGUGCUGUGGAUGAGACCGGUGCUGGUGGCCAGGUACGCGGUGAAGUUGCUCGAGCAACCUCUACAACGCAGCAAAAGAAGCGUAAGAAAAAGAAGGGGUCAUCCGGCCGGGGAGGAUCUGGAGGAGAGAAUCAGAGCAGGAAGAAGCUUCGCUGCCGAAGCUGUGGCGCAGAGUUUGAAAUAUUGUAUGAGAUGUUACUGCAUUGGCGGGCGAUGCACAUGGAGGCUAAAGUUGGGAGUGGAGGGAAAAAGUCAAAGAAGCAGAAAGAGAAGCAGGGAAGGGGGGGGGCUGGAUCUGGAGGUGCUGUGAACUCAACUCCUGCCAAACCUUCUGUGAUGGUGGACAACACAAUAAGGACGGAGGCGGAGGUAGACAAGGGUGCGGUAGGCAGUUCAGUAAUGACUGCUAAUGUUGAUGCACGUGAACCCUCUGGGGGACCAUGUGCUGAAAUUGAAGAUGAGGGAAGGAACAACGACACAGGGGCGUCACCGUCGUCUGGUAAUAAGGGGAAAGCUGAGAGUAAGGCUUCUGGAAGCAGGAAGGUUCACACGUCUCCAGAAGGUGUGAAGAACAACGACACUGACCGUGAGUGGAGGUAUACGUGUAGAGAGUGCGGGAUGAAAUUUGAUUUGCUUCCGGAUCUUGGGCGGCAUUUCAAGGCAAAGCAUAUCGAUCGUCAAGUCCCACCGUCCGAGCGCAAGAAGCGGGACCGGAAAAGGAAAAGAUGUCGUCCUUCAACGUUGGAAGGAAAACAUGGAUCGAAACCGAACAACGGAACGGCUCCCGAAGCUUCAGUGCCCGCUCUGGCUUCUGGAAAUGUGCGCGCAGAGGGUGCAAGGAAGAGGAAACCGACAUGGAAAGUGCUAGAGUCAGACCAUCCUCCAGAUGGUGUUUUGGAGGCUGUGUUAGGUACCACGGAGAGUGAGCGUCGGCCAGAGGAGGGCGGAAAUGGGACGCAGGAUGGCGAUGCGGUUGUACAGGAAGCAAUUGCUGAGCAGCUUGUGAAGCUGGCUGGUUGGCCUGAAGAUUCAGGGAGAGGAGAAGAGGCCGCGACUGUGGGGUCGCUGUUGUGCGCCCCAAAGGCUGACAUUAAGCAAGCUGAAGGCUGUGAGGCACUGAAUCGAUGCGGGACAGAGGGUGCAGAUAUGGCGAAUAAGGAGUCUGCUGAGUGUGCGCUGAUUGACACACUGGAAGAUGGAGAUGACAAGCAACUGGAAGCUUACCCAGCGAAGAAAAGGUUGAAGGAUAUGGCGCGGGGCAAGCUUAUGAAUGGAGCGCUUGAGAAGGAAGUAGGCAGCGAACCUGGAGGACAAGACACGUUGGAACCAAAUGGUAGGGUGGAAGGUGCAUGCGGCCACAGCGAUGAUUUGAUGGUGGUGACUGAGGCGAUUGAUUCCGUUGGGAAGAUGGAAUCUGUGUGUGGAUUGACAGGAGCUGCGGUCAAAGCGUCCAUGAGAAAGCUAGCGAGAUGUAGAGGGGAUGGCAAUGGGACCGUGUCUGGUGACCUGCACGAUGGAAAAGCUGAACGAGAGAACGGUGUGCUGGAAGUGACGUGCACCGAACCUGCGGGCUUGCAGAGAGUGUCCCUGGGUGAGCUUGCUGAAAUCGCCAAAGACUCUUGCUGCAAAUGGUCCAUGUUUGAGGUCUUGAUGGAGAGACAGGGCAAGGUGCCCGACAAGAUAGCUGUGAAGGCCAACAGGGCAUGCUGCGAGAAGGGGUGGACCAUCUCAUGGUAUAAGAGAGGGUAUCGUUGCCCGAAUGGAUGCAAGGCGGCUUAUUUGAAGAAACACCGUCCCAAGAAUGGGUUGAUGCCGUCAGGCGAGAAGGCUGUUAACCGAGAGCCGGAUGAGGACGAAGAUGAUGUGGCAAUGAAUGGUGACGACAACGGGGACGGCGGUUGUCGCCUUCAGAACGGAGCGAGAAACGGGGCAUGUACUACGAAGGAGGUGGUGAUUGCAGCCUCAAAGGCAGCUGUGAGAAUAGAAGGGGAAGGAAAGGAUGGGCCUCCGGAAGGAGGGGACGUGGCACAAGAAACAAAACCUCAAGCUGCAAGGAAAGAGAUAGUGCGGAGGCGGGUUUUGUGCCCUGACAUGAGCUUUGGCCAAGAGACUUUGCCGAUACCCUGCAUUGUUGAUGAAACGGAUGAUGACGAGGACGCUGAUCUCUCUUGCAUUCUGCGUGAAAACAAUUGCCAUGCAAACGGAAACGGUGCUGGUGCUCAAAACGGUCCCCAAGCUCCGACGUCGGCCGAUCUUGAUACAAGGCCCUGGGAAAGUUUCACGUAUGCAACGAAAAGGAAGCUUGACCCGACGCUCGGUGUUGACACUGCGAACUCUCAGGUUGCAUGCGCUUGCUCGGGAGCACGGUGCUUGGCUGAUUCGUGUGAGCAUGUGCGGCUUUUCAAUCAAGACAACAUAGAGGCUUGUGACAUUGAUGGAGAGUUGAUGCUGGACAAAUUCCCUUACGAUGAGCGAGGAUGCAUUGUUCUUCAGGAGAAAUACAUGGUGUAUGAGUGCAGUCCCAUGUGUAUGUGCUCCGACGAGUGCCAAAAUAGAGUACUCCAGAAAGGAGUGAGGGUGAAGCUGGAGGUGUAUCGGACAAAGCACAAGGGUUGGGCUGUCAGGGCAGCAGAAGCAAUCCCCAGGGGAACAUUUGUCUGUGAAUACAUAGGAGAGGUGGUGAAUGACAGAGAGGCAAAUCGACGAGGAGAGAGGUAUGAUCAGGUAGGAUGCAGUUACUUGUAUGACAUUGAUGUCCAUCUGGAUCCGCCGGCGUAUCGGAAUCGUGCAAGGCCUUUUGUCAUCGAUGCAACAAAAUAUGGCAAUGUCUCCCGCUUCAUCAACCACAGCUGCCAACCAAAUCUUGUGAACUAUCAAGUUCUGGUUGAGAGUAUGGACGUACGGCUGGCGCACGUUGGACUCUACGCGAACUGUGAUAUUCAAGCGGGAGAUGAACUUGCGUUCGACUAUCGGUAUAAACUACUACCGGGCAAGGGAUGCCCGUGCUAUUGUGGGGCGCCAAAGGAGGGAAGCCAAUGGGGAGAGAAGCAGAGGAGGAGGAGGAGGAGGAGAAGAAGAAGAAAAAGGGAGGAGGAGGAGGAGAAGAAGAAGAAGAAGAAGAAGAAGAAGAAGAAAAGAGGAGGAGGAGGAGGAGAAGAAGAAGAAGAAGAAGAGGAGGAGGAGAAGGAAACGGAGAAGAAGAAGAAGAAGAAGAAGAAGAGGAGGAGGAAGAAGAAGAAUCUGACACUGAAGAUGAAAAACACGAAAAAAUCGCUAUGGCUAUGGCUCUGCCUCAACGUGGGGGGAAGUAGAGGAGGAGGAGGAGGAGGAGAAGAAGAAUCUGAUACGAAAGAUGAAAAAUCAAAAACAAAUCGCUAUGGCUAUGACUCUGGCUCAACGGGGAGCGAAGCGGAGGAGGAGGAGAAGAAGAAGAGGAUGAGGAGGGAAAAAGAUGAAGAAGAAGAGGACAAGGAGGAGAACAAGAAGAAGAGGACGAGGGGGGAAAAAGAUGAGGACAUGGACAAGGAGGACGAGAAGAAGAAGAAGAGGAGGAAGGAGGAGGAGGAGGAGAAGAAGAAGAUGAAGGGGAGGAGGAGGAGGAGAAGAAGAAGAUGAAGGGGAGGAGGAGGAGGAGGAGAAGAGGAGAAGAAGAAGAAGAAGAAGAAGAAGAAGAAGAAGAAGAAGAAGAAGAAGGGGAGGAAGAUGAGGAGGAGGAGAAGAGGAGGAGAAGAAGAAGAAGAAGAAGAAGAAGAAGAAGAGGAGGAGGAGUACGAGGAGGAGGAGGAGGAGGAGGAGGAGGACGAGAAGAGAAGACGAAGAAGCAGAAGAAGAGUAGGAGGAGGAGGAGGAGAGGGUGGUGUAAAAGAAAACCACGAAGAAGAAGACGAGAGAAGAAGAAGACGAGAGAAGGAGAAGAAGAAGAUGAAGAUGAUGAAGAAGAAGAACGUCAAGAAAAAAAAAUUAAAAAAAAGAAAAUACACUGCUUGACCUACCUUCGCGGCUAUGGGGGGGCGGUUGCAAUGAAACAGGCUGGCGGGG